AUGGAGGGCACUCAUAGUGGUCGAGGCCGUGGACGCGGGAGUAGACAACCCACGUCUGAAAGGGGCAUUGGGGAAACCUCGUCUGGACCAAACCUUGAACUUAAGGUUGAUCCCAAUGUCCAAAUAGCUGCUGCCAUGCAGCAAAUGACUGACUUGCUAGCCCAGGAAAGGAAAGAAGACGAAUUUAUUCAGCUUCGCCAGGGGACUCAGACCGUAGCUGAGUACGAAAGCCAAUUCACUCGCCUAUCCAAAUCUGCCCCCGAGCUAGUCAUGACCGAACAACGAAGGAUAAGGCGCUUUGUCCAGGGCUUGAACGUAGAAAUCCAGAAGGACCUCGCUGUGGCCCAAAUUAACACUUUUAGUGAGGCCGUGGAGAAGGCUCAACAAGUGGAAAGCGCCAAGCUCCAAGUGAGGAACUUUCAAGCUAAGAAGCGAGGAUUUCCUGGUAGUAGCUCAGGGCAGGGGGAUAAGAGUACCCCUCCCAAGUUUGGACGGGGAGCCGGAGGUGGAAGGCAGUCGGGAGUAUCGAGAGGGGCUCAGUCAAGAGGUGGCCAAGCUGGGCGAGGCCAAAGAGGAAAUUUCUAG